AUGGCCAACAAGAUCGCCGUCGCCAGCGUCAUCGCGGCGGUGGGCAUCGUGGCCGUCAUCGGCACGAUCGCCGCGGUCACCGCCUCCAAGAAAGGGGGCGACAAGGACGGCGGCAUGUCGGCCGGCGUCAAGCUCUCCACGGUGUGCGCCUCCACGCUGUACCCGGAGAAGUGCGAGCAGAGCCUCAAGCCCGUCGUCAACGACACCUCCAACCCGGAGGACGUCCUCCGGGCCGCGCUCAACGUGGCGCUGGACGAGGUCGCCGCCGCGUUCGAGCGGUCCGAGCACAUCGGCAAGGACGCCAAGGACAACCUCACCAGGAACGCCAUGGACGUGUGCAAGAAGCUCCUCGACGACGCCACCGAGGACCUCAGGGACAUGGCCAGGAUCAAGCCCGUCGAGGUGCUCGACCACGUCAAGGACCUCCGGAUCUGGCUCUCGGGCGUCAUGACCUACGUCUACACCUGCGCCGACGGCUUCGAGAUGCCCGAGCUUAAGGAGGCCAUGGACAAGGUGCUGCAGAACUCCACCGAGCUCAGCAGCAACGCCCUUGCCAUCAUCACCCGCCUCGGUGAGCUCCUGCCGGAAGAAGCAAAAACGGUGAACGCCACCGCUGCUGCCGGCCACGGCCGCCGGCUUCUUGGCUGGCAGAUGGGCGAGGCCGAGGAGAAAACCAGCGGCCGCGGGCUUCUGGCUGUUGAUGACAAGCUGAACGUGAUCGCGGACGUGACGGACGCAAGCCGGCAGCUCCUAGCGGACACCUUGGACGAGAUCGAGGCGCUGUCCGACGACGCGAGCCGCCGCCAGCUUGGCCUCAUGUUCGCCAAGCUAUACAGCAGAGGCACCAAAGGCGACCUCCUCUGGCGCCGCCGCCAUUUGCUGAGCAUGUCGCUAACCGUCAUGGCCAAUGAGGAAGAUGAACGGCGCAUGAUCCAUAUGUCCAAUCACCUGGACACCAUCGCGAACAUGUCCACGGAGAUAAACCGCCACCUUCUCGCGGAGGAGCUUCCCGACGACCUCGAUGGCAGGCGCCAGCUGCUCUCCAGGAGGCUCAUGGAGAUCAACGAGGUCGCCGACGAGGCCAAGCGGCAGCUCGAGGCGAUGGACCAACCUGACCGGAUCCUCAGCCCCAACAGGGUACUGACGACGGACCUCGUCGGCACGCCUGACGAGAUCGAGGACGCGCGCAGCGGGUUGAAGUCCAGCGACCUCCCCAAGUGGGUGCCGGGCGACCUGCGGAGGCUGCUGCAGGUCCAGAAGCCCAACGCGGUGGUCGCCCAGGACGGGAGCGGUGGCUUCAAGACCAUCACCGCGGCCAUCAACGCCGUGCCCAAGACCUACAAGGGCCGCUACGUCAUCUACGUGAAGGCCGGCACGUACAAGGAGUACGUCACCGUCCCCAAGAACAUGGCCAACGUCUUCAUGUACGGCGACGGGCCGACCCGGACGGUCGUCACCGGCGACAAGAGCAACACCGGCGGCUUCGCCACCAUCGCCACGCGCACCUUCUCGGCGGAGGGCAACGGGUUCAUCUGCAAGAACAUGGGGUUCGUAAACACGGCGGGGCCGGACGGUCACCAGGCGGUGGCGCUGCACGUGCAGGGCGACAUGUCGGUGUUCUUCAACUGCCGGUUCGAGGGGUACCAGGACACGCUGUACGUGCACGCGAACCGGCAGUUCUUCCGCAACUGCGAGGUACUGGGCACCGUCGACUUCAUCUUCGGCAACUCGGCGGCGCUGUUCCAGAACUGCCUCGUGACGGUGCGCAAGCCCGGGAUCAGCCAGUCCAACAUGGUGACGGCGCAUGGGCGCACCGACCCCAACAUGCCCACCGGCAUCGUGCUCCAGAGCUGCCGCAUCGUGCCGGAGCAGGCGCUCUUCCCCGACCGCCUCAAGGUCGCCAGCUACCUCGGCCGGCCGUGGAAGGAGUACGCCAGGACGGUGAUCAUGGAGAGCACCAUCGGCGACCUCAUCAAGCCGGAGGGGUGGUCGGAGUGGAUGGGGGACUUCGGGCUCAAGACGCUCUACUACGCCGAGUACGGCAACAGCGGCCCGGGCGCGGGCACCAGCAAGAGGAUCAACUGGCCCGGCUACCGCGGCAUCAUCGGCCAGGCCGAGGCAACGCAGUUCACCCCCGGCGUCUUCAUCGACGCCAUGACGUGGCUCAAGGCCACCGGAACGCCCAACGUCAUGGGCUUCACCAAAUGA